AUGGCAACAAGAAGAAGAGAUGCUCUCCCUGGCAAGGAGAAGGCAUCACCUUCUCCAAAAACAGGAGCAGCAAGGCUUAAAGGAGUUGUAAAUCAAAUCUCCCUCAAACCAAAAGUUUCAACUGCACCACAAAAAGAGACGAGGCCGGUAGCGUCGAAAGCCCCAGCUUCUUCCGGUGUUUCCAAGGCCAUUACAGGUGUUUCCAAGGCUAUUACUACAGGUGUUUCCAAGGCUACUGCCGGUGUUUCCAGGACUCAGACGAGGAAACCACCCUCCCCGGCCACUCCAAGCACGCCAGCAAAGACCAGAACACGAUCCUUGGAUAGCAAGACAGCAACUCCUACACAUAAGACGCGCGUCCCAACUGCUGUUGCUGCCGCUGCUGGUGCUGCCCGCCGUGCCUCCUCGCGCCUAGUCAAGGCCGUGGUUUCCCCUAAGGUGGUGGGUGCUGCUGCUAAGAAAUGGAAACCGGUGGAGAAGGAAGAAGGAAAGCGUCGCCUCUCCACCAGUUCGUCUGUGGGCAGUGGGAGAAGAAGCAGCAUCGGCUCGAAGAAGGAGAGUGGGUGUAGUGAUCCAGCAACAAAGGAACAACGUGUCAAUCCUGAAAGAAAUGAAGAUCUAAGCAUUUGCAAUCUUCCUGAAUCUGAAAUGCAGCUCCAAGAUAUCGAAUACUCUUACCUCAAUGAAGCUGCUGAUGGCAUCGAUGAUUUAGUAAGAGAAGAUCCAACAGUUCGUAUUGCCGGAUCUUCUACAGAGUCACCUGCCAAUAACAAGACAAUUGAAGACAAUUCUCGUGCAGAGGCUAAAGAGAAAGAGGUCAAAGUAGCACCAGAGGAGCAAGCAGCGGUUGCAGUUGAGUCUAAGGAAACCGAGCCAGCAGUUGAAACGAAGCAAGAAAACUCAGCUACUCAGAGGCAGCAAGAUAAAACACAUGGGAAGUAUGACUCACCAGUUUCCAACGAUGUAAUCGAGGAGACAGCAAACAAGCUUCGUGAGAAUAAGGCAAACAAAGUGAGGGCGCUUGCUGGAGCGUUUGAAUCUGUCAUCUCGUCGCAGGAUAAAUGACAAACCACUCAAGGAUGAUUGAUAUAUACUGAUGCAAGUGGAACAUAUUGUGUUUUAUGCUGACUGUUGCUUUUUUUAAUUUGAUCUUUAUCUUUUACAAGUUAUUAGUAUCAAACACCACUAAAACUGUAAAAGGUGAUCCUUACUUGAUAUAUUUCGGUCUUUUAGUUCA